AUGGAAAUGCUUCAGAGGAUUCAUGAUGGUCAUCUUGGGGUGACGAAAUGCUUGGCACGUGCGAAUUCCUCCGUUUGGUGGCCUGGUAUUUCCAAGGACAUUAAAGAGGAGGUUUCACGUUGUGAGUUUUGCCAAAUUAACCAACCAUCACAAAGAAGAGAGCCAUUGAAACCAACACCGUUACCCGAGCGUCCUUGGCAGAAAGUAGCGGUCGAUGCACUUGAAUUAGACGGAAAGAAGUAUUUGGUCGUAGUAGAUUAUUACUCCCGGUAUCUUGAGCUUGUUUAUGUACCAGAUUUAACAAGCAGGACGGUAAUAGCUAAGUUGAAGAGCAUUUUCGCAAGAUGGGGAGUUCCUGAAAUCCUAAUAAGUGACAAUGGUCCACCAUUUUUUUCAGAGGAUUUUAGAUCGUUUAGCGUUCAGUAUGGGUUUCUCCAUGUUUCGUCUAGUCCACAUUAUCCGCAGGCAAACGGAGAAGCGGAAAGUGCUGUCAAGAUAGCCAAGAGAAUCUUGAAGCAAACGGAUCCGUUCCUUGCGUUGAUGGUGUAUCGAGCAACGCCAAUUCCAGCGACAGGUGUAAGUCCUAGUCAAUUGAUCAUGGGAAGACAGAUUCGCACAACUAUUCCAACACUUAGUCGUAAUCUGUUACCAGCCUGGCCAGAUCUUCCGACUGAACGCGAAGUAGACAAGGAAUCGAAAGAAAGAUAUAGUCAUGCUUAUAACAAGAGGCAUGGUGUGAAGUCCUUAUCUGAUUUGGAACCAGGUCAAACUGUUCGGGUGAAAACCGAUAAUCAGAAGAAAUGGAGCCCUGUUGGAGUUGUCAGUGGAUAUGGAUCUACACCAAGAUCAUACAUUGUGGACACUCCAGAGGGGAAAAAGAUGCGGAGAAAUAGACGACAUCUUCAAGCUGUUCCUAAAGCAGUUUCUGACGACAUUCUUGAAGACGACAUUUUUCAAGCGAUUCCUGAAGUUGUUCCUGAGAUCAAUCCAGAAACAAGCGAAUUGUCAAGAAGAGUGGCAGAUCGAAGAAAUCCAGAAAGAACGUUACAGAAUACGCCAAGCCAUACCUCAAGCGGACGUGUUAUAAGGAAACCAAAACGGUACAUUGAGGAAUAUUGA